UAAUUAUACGCAUGCUCAACCCCACACAGCUAGCCAACAUGAAGAAACAGAUUGAGUAUCUUCUCGCCAAAGGACUCAUCCGACCAUCCACUUCGCCAUACAGUGCCCCAGUACUCUUCACACCGAAACCGGACGGAAGCAUGCAGCGAUUACCGAGCUUUCAACAAGCAAACCAUCAAGAACAAAUGCCCAAUUCCACGGCCCUGGGCCUAGCACCGCUGAGCAGCAGCAGGUUCCCUCGCUCGACUAGCAGCCGCCAUAGCAGCAGCCGCAGCAGCAGCAGCCGCAGCAGCAGCAGCAGCAGCAGCAGCAGCAGCAGCAGCAGCAGCAGUAGCAGCAGCAGCAGCAGCAGUAGCAGCAGCAGCAGCAGCAGCAGCAGCAGUAGCAGCAGCAGCAGCAGUAGCAGCAUCAGCAGCAGCAGCAGCAACAGCAACCGCUGAGGCGGGUUGGUCGUCUCCCGCC